AUGAACGAGCCGUGGCGCAUCUACUACCACGUCCGAUCUGCCGUCUACAACACGUUGGGGUUCCGUCAGAAGCAGCUCUUCCGAUUGCUUGAUGCACGACUCAAUCUCGACGCGUACAAGCCACGAUCUGCUACGAACAAACGGGUGUGUAUCGUUGGGGCUGGACCCGUGGGUCUACGCGCUGCAGUAGAGAUGGCUCUACUAGGCGGUAGAGUGUCGGUCCUCGAGAAGAGGGCCAAGUUCAGUCGAGAGAACAGACUACAUUUGUGGCCUUGGGUGGUCCAGGAUCUUGCGUCAUUGGGAGCGAAGGUUCUGUUUAAGAACUUCUGCAAAUCAAGAACAUACUUCCAUGUCAGCACACGACAACUCCAAGUCAUUUUACUCAAAGUGGCUCUGUUACUUGGCGUCAAAGUGUACUCUGCUACUGGCUUCGAGUCGAUUGUCGCUCCUACGCCAGCAAACGACGGGAAUCCAUUCUACAGCAUCAAGACGGAGCCUCAGAUCCCCGUCGUGGAGUACACUGCCGUGCUGGGUGCUUCUGGUAUCAAUGACCAGGUGGCCGAACCUGCAGGAAUUAAUCGCUCUGUGUUCUCUCAGAAGGAAUUUCUGGGCAUUGUCUGCUACUUCCCGAACUUAGAGACACCAGAGGAGAUGAAAGUCGACGAAUUCUCGUGGACUGCGCAACUCAAGCAUCGCAUGUUGUACAAGAUGCGGGAAGUUGGCAUCGACCUGGAGAACAUCAUGUACUUCCGAGGGGAAAUGCACUAUCUGGUCAUGACCCCGAGGAGACGGAACUUGUUGACUCGAGGAGUAGUGAAGCAGAAUUAUUCCAAUUCGAGGGAUUUGGUGGAGCGUACCAACAUCAGUCAAAGCGGUCUACAUGCAUUCGUCAAGCGGGUAGUCGCGUUCGCGGGUAUUCCGAGGAAGACGGACUUCACGAGGGUUAACCUAUUCGAUUUUAGCUCACUCACUCGUGCUGAGAAGUCUGCGAGCGUUUUGACUUCGCAUGACAAGAAACUCUACGUUGGGUUGAUCGGAGACUCGUUGCUAGAGCCAGUGUGGCACGAAGGGGUCGGUACUUGUCGAGGUUUCUUAGGUGCGCUGGAUGCCGUGUGGAUGGUGGCUCAGAUCGGAAGAAAAUCGGACGAGCAGCUUCUCGCUGACCGGGAGUUGGCCUACCGAGUCAUGCAGCGUGUGUCCGGUCACCACCGCGACGAGCUGCAGAAGAACGUGAGGAAGUACACGGUGGAGCCGAGAUCGCGCUACUUUGUCGAUUUCCCUCGAGUUCUCCGUGACAUCGACCAUCGACUGCUUCUGGAAGUGCGCCAGCGAUCGUAUGCACGAUUCAUGAGGCCAUCAUCGCCAACCACGAAGCAGUGA